UACGAGUACCACCACUUAAGUAAUCAAUCGGUAUCGGUUUGUCUUCGGUACUACUAGUUCAGAUAAUCUCGCACCGAAUGGAAUUUCAACUUUACGUACUUUUCAGCGCUCAUUUCUCUUGAAAAAAAAUCUUUAAACAAACUUAAACGGUACCAAAACGGCUCUUUUUUUAGACUAUAUUUGUUCAAAAACUUAAUGGUUUAUACAGAUUUAUAAACGUUUAUGUCUUGAGCUGUAUAUUUUUGAAAAAAAGUAAUUAUUUUUUGAUAGCGGUUGUUUUGGUUUAUUUUUUUGAAUUUCGGUGGUAUUGUGAGUGUGAUCAAAGGAUAUUGGUGAUAAUUAGAAUGCUCACAGGAUGGAGAUUGACAGUAUCCGAAUGUUUUCUCAUUCCUCAGAGGUAUGUCUUGGGUCUGAUGGGGUUCCUAGCCAUUGUAAAUGCCUACGCAAUGAGAGUGACACUAUCCAUUGCAAUCACUGAGAUGACCAAUAGCACCCAUUCGUCCAACAACACAUACGAAGAUUACUGUAAUGUUGGAGUUAGUAAUUCUUCAGAUACCAACGUUGUUACGAACCCAGAUCUUUUAUAUGAUUGGGACGAAAAAACCCAAGGAAUCAUCCUUAGCUCCUUCUACUGGGGAUAUCUGAUCACCCACCUUCCGGGUGGUAUAAUAGCCAGCAAGUUCGGCGGUAAAUACACCCUGGGACUGGGCAUACUCUCCACUGGAAUCUUCACAGUCAUCACUCCAUGGGUGAUCCACAUCACCAAAGGGGACUGGAAAUGGGUGGUGGCCUUGAGGGUAGUCGAAGGCUUGGGCGAAGGUACGACUUACCCUGCCUUGAAUACCAUGCUGGCACAAUGGGUACCUUUGGGGGAGAGGUCAAAGAUUGGGUCGCUGGUCUACGCUGGAGGUCAAAUAGGUACCAUUGUCUGCAAUCUGAUCAGCGGUCAAUUGAUCAAAGCCACGCAAGAAUGGGCAUCAGUAUUUUACCUUUUUGGGGGACUCGGGAUUCUGUGGUUCUUGUUUUUCCAAGUACUUUGCUACUCGGCCCCGGAAGACCAUCCUUUCAUCAGCGACAAGGAGAAAAUAUUUUUAGAAAAAGAAUUAGGUUCAAUAUCUUCGGACCGUCUACCCAUCCCAUGGAAAGCUCUCGCCACUUCUGUACCCUUAUGGGCCUUGAUAGCAGCCCAAAUAGGCCACGAUUGGGGCUUCUACACCAUGGUCUCCGACUUGCCCAAGUACAUGAAAGAAGUCCUAAGAUUUAACGUUGCCGAUAACGGCAUUUGGAACUCUGUUCCCUACGCUGCCAUGUGGGUGGUAUCCAUGGCAGGAGGUUGGAUAUGUGAUUGGUUGAUUUUGAAGGGUUACAUGACUGUAACUGGAGCUAGACGAUUCUUUACUUGUUUUGCUGCUGUUGGUCCAGCCAUAUUCAUUAUGGCCGCUUCCUACGCUGGAUGCAACACUACCCUGGCAGUAUGGAUGUUUACCGUAGCCAUGGGUUUCAUGGGCACCUUCUACUGUGGCAUGAAAGUCAACGCUUUGGACUUGAGCCCGAAUUUUGCCGGCAUUAUUAUGGCUAUUACCAAUGGGAUUGGGGCAGGAGCUGGUAUAAUAACGCCAUAUUUGACAGGAGCACUGACAGAAGAGCAUACAAUCACAGAAUGGAGAAUAGUUUUCUGGAUAUCUUUCGUUAUUUUCAUCACCAGCAGCAUAGUUUAUAUGUUCUAUGGAAGUGGAGAAGAGCAAUGGUGGAACGACUCGAGCAAUUUUGAUGGGAAAACAAAAACUAUCAAUCUGGAGUCAAUAAGGCAUUCAGAAGAUACUAAGGAAAAGAACGAGAAUAGAUGACUGCUUUUUUAAACAUGUACUUUAUAUAUUUAAGAAUAACUAAAAUAUAUUGUUAAGGCGACUUUUGUUAAACUUUAAAAAAUCAUGUUGAUUUUAUUUAAGAAAUAAAUAUAUUUA